AUGUCGAUGUCACGCAGAAUUCUUCGACCUCAAGAACCCCAAAGAUCCACAACCUCACUACAUAAUUCUCCCCAACUUCGAGCAACUUUUCUUCAAAACAUCGCGCAAUAUCCGUCAUCACUACUCUCACAUCUCUACCAUCAGCAUCCAACCUUCGUCUCCCUCUCGCGACCGUCUCUUCGAAACCCCUCCGUCGCCGUUGCACUCGCCAGCUUUUUCAAGGGCCCCCUCCCUCUCUCGCUCCCUUUCGCAUCGCAAAAUCUACAAUUUUCCACGUCCUUACCAAGAGUUCCGAGCACCGCCAUUGAGCGCACCGAGAUACGCAUCAUCGCCCUUUGCCACGCCCCAUCCAGCGACGCUUCUCGACUUCCGCCUGACCCUCGAAAAUCUUUCCCCGAGCGAGGCGUCCCUCCACCUCCCCGCAUCACGAGCAUCAAGAUCAAAGUCGAUAGCACGAACAAGGCUUAA